ACUUUCUCUGAAAAUGCCCAAAAAGAAGGAAAAGAAAAGCGGCGACAAACAAGAUGAAAGCAAGAAAACGUCGAAAAAGGAGAGUUCUGUGACUCCUGCGGAUAUAACAGGUCCCGAAGACAAAGAGAAGGAGCUAUAUCUGACACAAAUACGAUAUUUGAACGAGCGGUUGGAGGGAUAUCAGCAGAAGUGUGAUGAGCUGGAAAGGCGGAACAAAGACUUGAUCUCUCAGUACAGCACCUUAGAGAGGGAGAAGAAGGACGUUGUUGGUUUCCUGAAACGCUCCCUGCUGGACAAGGAGGCCGAGGUGGACGAUGCGCUGGAGCAGCUGGAGGAUCAGCGGCAGGCGGCCGAUCGGGACCGAGACGCCCUGCAGCUGCAGCACAGCCAGCUCAGGCGGGAGCUUCAAGAGCGGAUUGAUGAGCUUUCUGGAGAAAACGUGACACUCAGGGAGAAGCUUUCUAGCCUGGAGGAGUUUCAGAAGCAGAAGGAGACACUGACGUCCCACAUGGAGUCUUUGGAGAAGCAGCUGGCUGCUCAGAGGGAAGAGCACAAAGAUGAUAUGCACAGCCUGGAGAUGAAAGCACUGCUGGAGAAGAAGAGGCUGGAGAAGGAGCUGGAGAACCAUGCUGCAGCCAUGGCAGCAGAAGUGCAGCACCUGGUGGACCAGAAGGUCCCUGAAGCAACCAGGCUGGCGCUGCAGGAGAACACGGAGGUGAAGGCUCGUUUCAGCCAGCUGUCGGAGCAGGCGCAGGUCCUCAUGGAGAAGAACGCAGCCCUGCGGGGACGGAAGGGUCAGCUCAGCGUGGACGUGGACGUCCUGGAGCAGAUGCUCAGCAAGGUGUCACGAACAAGCUGCAUUCGCAAGAAGGUGGUGGAGCAGCUCACAGCGAAGUGCCAGCAGCUACAAGCAGAGCAGCGCGAAAGCAGACAACAACUGGAGCAGCUUCGGACUGAACACACAGGAGUUCUGGCUGAGAUGGAGGCGCUCAGACAGGACCGGGCCUCCGUGUCUGUGCAGUGCAGUGAAAUCAAAGCCGAGGUGGGUCGGCUGGAGGUGGAGCUGCAGGAGGAGAGGAAGAGGAGGAGCGAGAUGAAGACCACCAUGCAGGAAGCAGCCAUCACUAUCAGACAAAUCCUGAUGGAGGCGCCGGUUGAGCUGGACUCGGAGGUGGACUCUGUUUCCCGGUGGAAGCAGCUGAUGCAGAAGCUGCUGGUGGACUUGGACAGACGUGCAUUUACCGACCCCAACAACGAGAACGACAAACUGAAUGACCUGCAGGCCCCCGACCCUGCAGCAGCCCGAACACUGAGCUCAGAUCCAGAUUCGACUACUCUGCUCCACCUGACCCACAACAGGCCGGGGGAUCUCAGCUAUUUGCCCCGCCGCUCAGCGACACACAAAAAUAUAACUUCCAGGACAGGAGCUGCAGCCAACAGCAUCCAUCUGCCUCUGCACAGGAAACCCUCCAGUCAGAAGAAGCUCAGUUAACACAACUCAUUCAGCAGCUGCUUUGUUCACAUCCACAAAACCUGUUUCCAGCACUAAAGAAUCACCUUUCACACUGAAUUUCUGCUGUAAACAUACACAUUUUGUCCUGGUGUCACACUUACACUCAUGUAACGGGACAAUUUCUUCCUGUACUUUAUUUUUUUUUUAUGAUUGUUAAUCAUGAUUUUGUGACGUGCACAUAAAACAGACAAGGUUUAGUUUCACCGGAUGCUGUAAAGUGAAGAGCGUCCUGCAGUGAAUCUGCUUCCUUGUCUUUUUUCAUAAUAUCAAAUAUAUCUUGUGCUCCUGCAUCUUUAGCAAAGUUGAAGAGAUCAUGUGCUAAAAUGAAAAGUUAGAUUCUUCUUUCUUUCUGCAUUAAAAAUAAAUGAUAAUAUUAAGAAUUAGGCCAAAGUGAAAUUGUUGUUUUCUCUCUAAGUCUUCAACAUGGGAGCCAUGAGGUACUGCAGUGAGGUUGCAAAAUCUUUGAUAAAGCAUUUUUUUUUUUUUUUUAAUUGGCACAAUUUUGAAUUUCUUUAAAUACACAUUAACAUGAAUGCAACAUAUUUUG